AGCCGGCGCGGCUCCGGGCCCCAGACAGUCCCCAGCCGCCGUCAUGGGCCGCGACACGCAAGCCGACCACGUUGCAGCAGUGCCAAGACAGGGUGUUUCAGAAAACGCGUGCCUUAUUUUUUCCCCGAAGGAAGAGGAAGUGGGUGCUCUGGCGAAGGUUCUCAAAAUAUUCGAGUCCAACGGCGUGAACCUGCUGCACAUCGAGUCGCGGUCCUCGGUUCGCUUCGCGGGCCAGUACGAGUUCAUGGUGGAGUGCGCCCCUGGUGGCAACCUGGCUGCGGCCAUAGAGAAGCUGCAGAGCAUCACCUCCUACCUGCAGAUCAUCACCAGGAACCACAAGGACAAUGCAGGUGCUGUUCCAUGGUUUCCGCGGAGAAUUCGAGACUUGGACAAAUUUGCUAACCAGAUCCUGUCGUACGGCUCAGAACUAGAUGCUGAUCAUCCAGGUUUUACAGACCCUGUGUAUCGAGAUCGCAGGAAGUACUUUGCAGACAUCGCCAUCAAUUACAGGCAUGGUCAGCCCCUGCCUCACGUCGACUACACCGAGGAAGAGGUCGACACGUGGGGGAAGGUGUACAGGCAGCUGACGGAGCUCUUCCCUUCACAUGCCUGCCGCGAGUUCAACCAUGCCUUCCCGCUGCUCGUCGAGAACUGUGGCUUCAGGGAAGACAACAUCCCGCAGCUGCAAGACGUCUCCAACUUCCUGAGAGACUGCACGGGCUUCACGCUGCGGCCGGUGGCGGGGCUGCUGUCGUCCCGGGACUUCCUGGCGGGACUGGCGUUCCGCGUGUUCCACUCGACGCAGUACAUCCGCCACCCCAGCACGCCGUACUACACCCCGGAGCCCGACGUGUGCCACGAGCUGCUGGGCCAUGUGCCGCUCUUCGCCGACCCGGCGUUCGCGCGGUUCUCCCAGGAGAUCGGGCUGGCCUCUCUGGGCGCACCCGACGACUACAUCGAGAAGCUGGCCACGUGCUACUGGUUCACGGUGGAGUUCGGGCUGUGCAGACAGGAAGGACAGCUCAAGGCUUACGGCGCAGGGCUGCUGUCCUCUUUCGGCGAGCUGCAGUACUCUCUGAGCGACAAGCCCGAGCUCAGGCCCUUCGACCCCGCCAAGACGGCGCUGCAGAAGUACCCCAUAACCGAGUACCAGCCCGUCUACUACGUGGCCGAGAGCUUCGAGGAUGCCAAGGAGAAACUAUCGAAGUUCGCCCAGACGAUCCCCAGGCCGUUCGGGGUGCGCUACAACGCCUACACGCAGAGCAUCGAGCUGCUCGACUCGGCGCCGCAGAUAGAGCGGCUGUGUCGCGAGGUCGGCCACGAGCUGCGCAGCGCUUGCGAGGCCAUGCGCAGGGUCUGCUGAGCGCGCCACCGUCGCCGCCAUAGACUCGUGAUUACAUAGACGGAUCUCGUCCUCCGACGCUGGCUCACGGUCUGCCGAAAUGAGCGGAUGCAACCAAAGAAAAUUUGUGUUUGUUAACAAAUGUACUCCAAUGGACACACACUUUUGUUAAAUUUUUUAAAUUUUUUUUUGCCGCAGUUUAUACUUUAAUAUAUCUCUAAUAGCCACAAAAUAUCAAAUAUGUUAUAUAUUUAAGCCGGGACAUACAAAGUAAUACAUAUUCUUUUGUUUUAACCUCGACAAUGUGCCAGCUGCAUACGCCGUGACACACGUAUUAUCACAGUUGUAUUUUCAACCAAGCCUUUCAAUGUUGGCCUUUCAAUGUUGGCCUUUCAAUUGUUUACUGUCCAGCUCGUGCGAACGUUCUAUAUUAUUAUUUAGUCUAUGGUUAAAUUCGUUUGGCAUUUGGUAAUUUGCAUUUUACGUUUUGCUUUUAGUAGCUCCCCAAUGAAACACUUUGAUCGUCUAAAUUUUGCAACUUCCGUUGCUUCUGAGCUAAUACAGCUUAAGUGCUAAAUAAAAUUUAAAUUAUUACUACAAAUUAAGUGCACCUUAUUAUCUUGAUUAUAUCUUUAGUAUAGCCUAAAAUAAACAAAAAAUAAAAAUAAAUAUUUAUAUAUGUGCGUAUCAUAAAUAAAAAAUUAUGAUUACUUUACAAAUAUCGUACCAUAUGUAUAAAAUAGCUUUUAUGGUGGCAUUACUUUCAUCUAUUAUAAUGACGUAGUUAUUCAUCCAACUCUUGUAAGAGGUUAAAAUACUUUUGCGGUAAAUUUAUAUUUUGUAAGAUUUGAAGCUGACAAAACGGAAAAUGCAAAUUACAACAAAGGUCACAGAUUUUCUCGGCAAAAUUUGAUCACGUGGCCUUUCUGUGUACAAAAAAAUGUCAAUUGAAAAAGGCCUAAAGCCAAAACCAGACUACAUUAAAAGUCUGUCUGUUAGAUGUUAAACAUCUUGCUUAAUGUAUAGUGCACAUAUUGUAAAUAAAUGUUCUAAUUUAUUAAAAAAAAAAAAAAAAAAUUGUU